AACUUUUUUUCCGGAUUACAGAUUAUAAAAGCACAUGUUAUGAGUAAUAUUGUGUUUAAAAUAUAUUCUCACAAUAUAAAAUGCUACAGAAAAUUGUCAAAUUUUACCCGAAUUAUUAAUCCAUCUUUGCGUUCACCCUAUUUAAAAUAUAUAAAAUAUGUGAGAUUUAAUUCAACAUUUGCAACCCAGCCACAGUCAACUUCACCUCAAUCAAUUGCCAAGAAAACUAAAGCAGGCUCAGAGGGUAGAAUUGUUGCAGUAAUUGGAGCAGUUGUAGAUGUUCAAUUUGAUGAAGGACUUCCACCAAUUUUAAAUGCCUUAGAAGUGCAAGGACGUCCUUCAAGGUUAGUAUUAGAAGUUGCACAGCAUUUAGGUGAAAACACAGUAAGAACAAUUGCCAUGGAUGGCACUGAAGGAUUGGUAAGAGGAAAUAAAUGUCUUGAUACAGGAGCCCCAAUUAGCAUACCAGUUGGACCUGAAACCUUGGGAAGGAUUAUGAAUGUUAUUGGAGAACCUAUUGAUGAAAGAGGCCCUAUAAAGACCAAACAGACAUUAGGAAUUCACCAAGAAGCCCCAAAUUUUACAGAUAUGAGUGUUGAACAAGAAAUUUUAGUAACUGGUAUUAAAGUUGUAGAUUUAUUAGCUCCCUAUGCAAAAGGGGGAAAAAUAGGUCUAUUUGGUGGUGCUGGUGUAGGCAAAACUGUAUUAAUUAUGGAACUUAUUAACAAUGUUGCCAAGGCACAUGGAGGUUACUCUGUUUUUGCUGGAGUUGGUGAAAGAACAAGAGAGGGCAAUGAUUUGUAUCAUGAAAUGAUAGAGGGAGGGGUUAUCAGUUUGAAAGAUAAUACAUCGAAAGUAGCUCUUGUGUAUGGACAAAUGAAUGAACCACCAGGGGCUAGAGCAAGAGUUGCUUUAACAGGAUUGACAGUGGCUGAAUAUUUUAGAGAUCAAGAAGGGCAAAAUGUUUUGCUGUUUAUUGACAAUAUCUUUAGAUUUACCCAAGCUGGUUCUGAAGUAUCCGCUUUGUUGGGUAGAAUUCCAUCUGCAGUAGGCUAUCAACCCACUUUAGCCACUGACAUGGGAACUAUGCAAGAAAGAAUUACCACAACUAAAAAGGGGUCUAUUACAUCUGUUCAAGCAAUCUAUGUUCCAGCAGAUGAUUUGACAGAUCCAGCCCCAGCUACAACAUUUGCCCAUUUAGAUGCCACUACUGUGUUAUCAAGAGGCAUAGCUGAACUGGGAAUAUAUCCUGCAGUUGAUCCCCUUGAUUCUACUUCACGUAUCAUGGACCCUAAUGUUGUGGGGCGAGAACAUUAUGAUGUUGCAAGGGGUGUUCAGAAGAUUUUGCAGGAUUAUAAAUCGCUCCAAGAUAUAAUAGCAAUAUUGGGGAUGGAUGAAUUGUCAGAAGAUGACAAAAUAACUGUGGCCAGGGCACGUAAAAUACAGCGCUUUUUGUCUCAACCUUUUCAAGUUGCCGAGGUUUUUACUGGUCAUCCUGGAAAAUUAGUCUCUCUUGCUGAAACUAUCAAAGGCUUCAAGCAAAUUCUGAAUGGAGAAAUGGAUCAUUUACCAGAAGUGGCUUUCUAUAUGGUUGGAAAUAUUGAAGAAGCUGUUGCUAAAGCCAACAAAUUAGCCGAAGAACAAAAAUAAAUACCUAUUAUUUAAAUUUAGAAUUAUAUGACGUUUUAAAUUAUAAUUCAUGCGUGCUUUAUAUUUAUAUUUAAGUGAUUUUAGAUA